UUGAUAAUAUCCCAGGAUGCAUUAGGCCACAACAAGCAAGCAGCUGUGCCAUCAGUUUCCAAAUUGGCUUGACGGGUGAUGUCACAUAUUUGCUGUACGGAUUUAAUUUAUUGACCAUUCUAUAUCUACUUGGACUUAUUUCUUUAUGUCGACCAUCAGUCUAUCGCCCGAAGACUUCUCAGGAACAUUUGUUCAUUGCGGCGAGUUUAAUUUUCAGUACUAGCUACAAGCGUUCUGGUGAAAACAAAAACCAAAACGUCUGUAAAGUUUCACAGCAGGUGCCGUGAGUAAAAAGAUACGAACGUUUUUUUUUCCUGCACCUUUUCCUUUAUUUUUCUCAUUCGUUGUGAACAAGUCAAACCAGUUUAGCUCAUUUAUCGGUUCCUAUUGACCCCGAGAAUUCCGCUGUGUUCCGAAAUGACAGCUGAGGGGUCCAAGUUGUGGGGGGGUCGUUUUGUGGGCGCCAUCGACCCAACGAUGGAGCGCUUCAACGCGUCGGUGUCGUACGACAAGAGGAUGUGGGACGCCGACCUGAGAGGCAGCAAAGCCUACGCCAAGGCUCUGCACCGGGCCCAGCUGCUCAGCGCUGACGAGACGGAACAGAUCCUGCAAGGCCUGGACCAGGUCAGCGAGGAGUGGAGCAAAGGCACCUUCGUGCUCAAAGACGGCGAUGAAGACAUCCACACUGCCAAUGAACGCAGACUUAAGGAGCUGAUUGGCCCUGCUGCAGGGAAACUGCACACGGGCAGGAGCAGGAACGACCAGGUGGUGACGGACAUGCGUUUGUGGCUGCGUGACGCCAUCGCCACGCUGACGAACGAGGCCCUCCUCCUCAUCUCCGCCAUGGUGGAGCGCGCCGCUGCAGAGAUAAAGGUCCUGUUUCCUGGUUACACCCACAUGCAGCGAGCUCAGCCAAUCAGAUGGAGCCAUUGGAUGCUGAGUCACGCCGUGGCUUUGCAGCGGGACGUGGAGCGGCUGCGGGAGAUCAGCAAGCGUGUCAACGUCUUGCCCCUGGGCAGCGGCGCCAUCGCCGGAACGCCCUUCGCCAUCGACAGGGAGCUUCUGAGGAAAGAGUUGUUUUUCGACGAGGUCAGCCUGAACAGCAUGGACGCCACCGGCCAGCGAGACUUUGUCGCCGAGUUCCUGUUCUGGGCCUCGCUGUGCGCGACUCAUCUGAGUAAGGUGGCCGAGGACCUCCUGCUCUAUAGCACCAAAGAGUUCUCCUUCGUCACACUCGCCGACGCCUACAGCACGGGCAGCAGCUUGAUGCCCCAGAAGAAGAACGCCGACAGUCUGGAGCUGAUCAGGAGCAAGGCGGGACGGAUCUUUGGCCGAGUGAGACCUCCUACCUUUUUCGCCCCUUCACCAAGCUUGCGGCCUCCUCCAAAAUUUGUUUUAGUGCACAGGCUUCAUGAUGACGCUGAAGGGCCUUCCCAGCACCUACAACAAAGACCUGCAGGAGGACAAGGAGGCCAUGUUCGAUUGCUACGACUCCAUCCUGGCCGUCCUCCAGGUCACCGCUGGGGUCAUCUCCACGCUGAAGAUCGACGCCGGCGCCAUGGAGGCGGCGCUCAGUGCCGACAUGCUGGCUACCGAUCUGGCCUACUACCUCGUGAGGAAGGGGGUGGCCUUCAGGGAAGCUCACGCACUGGCGGGCAAAGUGGUUUUCACGGCCGAAUCCAAAAAGGUCCCAUUGAACCAGUUGGCCAGCGAGGACCUCAAGGCCAUCAGCCCGCUGUUGGAAGGCGACGUGGCGUCGGUGUGGGACUACGAGUCCAGCGUGGAGCAGUACAGCGCCCCGGGCGGCACGGCCGAGAGCAGCGUGCGCGCUCAGGUAGAACACCUACGCGGCUGGAUGGCACAGCACAAAACUCUCACCUCAAUUAGUGAAGCAAAAUCAAACGUGAAAAAGUAGGUUUAUGCCAGAAAAGUCUUCACUUGGUAUCAGUCAAAUGAAUCAAAGCAAAGUCCAUUGAUGAACUCUUUGGUCCAAUGACUGUCUGUGUGGUGUACCUAAUAAAAUGACUAUUAAAGACUAUUAAAGUCUUUCUCAAGUCCUGUAAUAA